CACAAACAUAACAAACUACAAAUUAACCAUGAAGUUUCAUUGGUUCGCCUUAGCUUUCUUAUUAGCUGUGGCGACAUGUAAAGGCCAGGAAGAUUAUACUUGCGAAGAGAACGAGCCAUUCCAUUGUAACCAAACUAGUCGUUUCAAUGGUAAAAGUUUCGGCGAAGAUUUCAUCUUCGGUGUAGCCUCCUCUGCUUACCAAAUCGAAGGUGGUAGAGGUCGUGGACUUAACAUUUGGGAUGGAUUCACUCACCGAUACCCAGAGAAAGGAGGAGCCGAUUUGAAGAAUGGAGACACUACUUGUGACGCAUAUACAUAUUGGCAGAAAGAUUUAGACGUGAUGGACCAACUCAAUGCUACUGGCUACAGAUUCUCCUUCGCGUGGUCAAGAAUCCUUCCACAAGGAAAGAGGAGUAGAGGAGUGAACCAAGAUGGUAUUGACUACUACAACAGUCUUAUAGACGGCCUCAUAGCAAGGAAUAUAACGCCGUUCGUUACCCUCUUUCACUGGGACCUUCCUCAAACACUACAAGAUGAGUAUGAAGGUUUCUUGAACAGACCGAUCAUAGAUGAUUUCAAAUAUUACGCGGAUCUAUAUUUCGAAAAAUUUGGUGAUAGGGUAAAGCACUGGAUAACAAUCAACCAGCUUUACACAGUACCUACGCGAGGAUAUGCAUUGGGAACAGAUGCACCUGGUCGAUGUUCUCGUACGCAUGAUAUAACAUGUUACGGCGGAAACUCGUCAACUGAACCCUAUAUCGUUGCACAUAACCAGCUUCUUGCUCAUGCCACGGUCGUGGAUCUUUACAGGACAAAAUAUAAGGACCAAGGAGGGAUGAUUGGACCUGUGAUGAUAACUAGAGGGUUUCUUCCGUUUGAUGACACUCCAGAGAGCAAAGAGGCAACUUAUCGGUCUAAAGAAUUUUUCCAUGGAUGGUAUGUACACAUAAAAGAUGAUUAAUAUCCAUAAUUACUUUUUCUUAC